GAGGUUAUCCAUAAGAAUACCAUAAUCCAUAUUCUUGUGAGAACAAGAACAAUAGUUGUUUGCAGUCUCUUUACUUUCUCUAACACCUUACUUCAUUUCUCUUCAAACUUCCCAAAAUCGUUUUCCCCUGUUUCCACUCUUUGUAUCAGAUUCUUCCUCCUCCAAAUUCGUCUAUUUGUUGCAUCGGUUUUUCAUUAUUUUUCCUACUAUUAUCUGCAGGUUUCUGCUGAGAAUUUUUUGUUUUAAUUGCGGAUUUUCAGUGUUUUUUGAGUUUUGAUUACAAUGCUAAUUAUUAGGGUUCUUGCAAACUGAAACCAUUUCAUGAAUUAUGCUUCCGUGGGGUGGUAUUAGCUGUUGUUUGAGUGCAGCUGCACUUUACCUUCUCGGAAGAAGCAGUGGGAGGGAUGCGCAUUCUUUAAAAUCUGUAGGUAGAGUUGAUCAGUUGAAAGAUUUGGCCGUAUUGUUAGAUACAGCAAGCAAAGUUAUACCUUUUGUCAUUUGUGUUUCUGGACGAGUUGGCUCUGAGACACCAAUUAAAUGUGAAUACAGUGGUUUACGAGGUGUCAUUGUGGAAGAAACGGCUGAGCAACACUUCUUAAAACACAACGAUGCUGGUUCGUGGAUACAGGAUUCUGCUUUAAUGCUGUGCAUGAGUAAGGAGGUUCCGUGGUACCUGGAUGAUGGUACAGGUCGUGUAUAUGUCGUGGGUGCACGAGGUGCUACUGGCCUGGAACUAACUGUUGGGAGUGAGAUUUUUGAAGAGUCAGGGCGGUCCCUUGUGCGUGGGACUUUGGAUUACCUCCAAGGUCUCAAGAUGCUUGGAGUGAAGCGUACAGAACGUGUUCUUCCUACUGGAACACCCUUGACUGUUGUAGGUGAGGCGAUUAAAGAUGACGUGGGGACAGUUCGCAUUCAGCGUCCUCACAAGGGGCCUUUUUAUAUCUCUCCAAAAACAAUCGAUCAAUUAAUAACAAAUCUUGGGAAGUGGGCUAGGUGGUAUAAAUAUGCUUCUCUGGGCUUCACUGUCUUUGGCAUCUAUCUGAUUGCAAAACAUGCUGUUGAACACAUUCUUGAAAGAAAGCAUCGCUGGGAAAUCCAAAAACGGGUUCGUGAUGCAGCAGCAAAAAGAUCAGGGCUGGAUGGUUCAGAUGGGGUGGAUGAAAAUGGAUUAGAGACUGCUAAAAGAGAUUGUUUGAUGCCAGACCUCUGUGUCAUAUGCCUGGAGCGAGAGUAUAAUGCUGUAUUUGUCUCGUGUGGUCAUAUGUGCUGUUGCACAACCUGUUCGUCUCAAUUGUCGAACUGUCCACUCUGUCGUCGACGCAUUGAGCAGGUUGUGCGGACAUUUCGCCACUGAAGCUGGAUUUCAUUUCUUAGCCAUCAGAUCGUUGAGUCGCAGCAAUUUGGUACUGGGUAUGAGACUACGAAUUAAGUAUAGAAUUUGUCGGAAUAAACAAUUGGGCAUUAUUGUUUUACUCCUACUUACCAACUUUGUAAAGUACAUAAAAUUAUAGUAGAGCUGGACCAUUUGAAAACACUGCUAUUAAGGGAAAUACAUUUUGUCAGCAUGAUUUCCUGAUGUUAUGUAACAGUAUCAUGACUAUCAUGGCAAUGCUUCUUUGUCAACCCCCACAAAAAAAAUGUGCGGGGUUUUCAUUUGCAGGGUUAUGACCUAAAUAUCACAAAUUUUUAAAUGAGAUGGUCUCAUGUUAAGACCAUCUUUAUGUUAAAGUUACGUAUGAUUUAUAAGUGAUUGAUUAGAGAUUAUGAGUUUUGUUUCA